AUGGGUUCAAACCCUAUUUCACACACAGAUAAUCUGCCUCUCUCAUCACCACUCAUUUCUGUUCCAGCUACUGAGCAGCCAACUCCUUCACCUCAUCCUAUGCAAACAAGGUCUAGGUGUGGUAUUCACAAACCCAAUCCUCGAUAUGCAGACUUGCAUGCUCUAACUCCUAUUCCUUCUGAACCAAAGUCCAUAAAAUCUGCACUCAAACAUCCUGGUUGGUCUGCUGCAAUGGAGGAAGAACUUGAUGCUCUUGCCAAAAAUCAUACUUGGGAAUUGGUUCCAAAAACUGAGGGGAUGAAUAUAGUUGGUUGCAAGUGGGUCUAUAAAACCAAACUAAAGGCAGAUAGCACUCUUGAGAGACUUAAAGCAAGACUGGUUGCAAAAGGUUUUAGUCAAGUUGAUGGGGUGGAUUUUACAGAAACUUUUUCACCAGCGUUCGAAUUGUCCUUACACUUGCCACUAUUAAACACUGGAAACUGCACCAAUUAG